GCGCGAGCGUACAUCGACCCUGAAGCUACUCAAUCAGGGUCGCGGCUGACGUGCCACGAGCCGCAUCCUUCCCUGCGAUGAAAAACGGGUCCCGUACGAGGACCCUCCCGAGCUCGCUGUGUUCCUUGUAAAUCUCCGGUAAUUCCUCAUAUCUCGUUUGGGAUGAUGUUUCUAGGCCCAGAACCCCAGUAGCCUCACUAUGCCAGUCAAUGACUGUUCCAAAUCAGUGCACUCUUGCAUGAGCUCGAGCUGAUACGCAGGGGGUCGGUGUGUCUGCAUAUUAUCCUGUUCCUUUCUGUAUUUUGCCAAAACUUGCGUCAGUUUACUCACCUCAUAUUUAUUCCCGACAUGACAUCGUUCCAAAUCCAAGACUCCGACCUAACGGGCUUUGAGGGCAAAGUUGCCGUCAUAACGGGUGGGUCGUCUGGUAUCGGCCUCGCCACAGCAGAACUACUGCUCUCUCUAGGCGCACUAGUUGUGACUGGUGAUAUUCAGACACCACCGGCGUCUGUGGCUGACUGCCACUUCGUCCAAAUCGACGUCAGGCAUUGGGGCGAUCUCACAAAACUAUUCAAGGCCGCGAAAGAGAAGCACGGCCGUGUUGAUUUUGUAUUUGCGAAUGCUGGAGUUGGGCCACGGGCCAACUAUUUGGCCCUCGAAGUCGAUGAAAAUGGUGACCCGAAAGAACCAAACGAGGACACCUUGGACAUCAAUCUGGAUAGUGUUGUCAAGACCGUAACACUCGCUACCCACUAUCUGAAGGGCCAAGCUGAGGGAGGGUCUAUUGUCAUCAUGGGGUCCAGCACCGGCUUGCAUCCAGUCCGAGCAGUUGAUUACUCGACGGCCAAGGCGGGUGUUCUAGGCUUUGGUAGAAGUUUUGCGCUGUUGGUGAAGGCUGCUGGUCUACCUAUCCGCGUUAACACUCUCGCCCCUUCGUGGACGGCAACUCAGGUCUUGCCCGAUUUGAAAGGCCUCCUAGAUGCGGUCUCCCACAACUGCCAGCCUACUUCAGUCGUUGCCCGAGCAGCGGCGUACUUGAUGGUAGACGAGUCUCGUCACGGGGACCUUAUCUUUGCGUGCGACGGUAAAUACACAGAGAUCGAGAAGGCUGUGCUGGCGCCAGCAUAUGCAACCAUUAAGGGAGACGGAUUGAGUGACGAUGAUGUUCUGGCGAAGGUCCUGGCGCUGGGUAGUUAGACACCCAACUCAAUCCAUAGACAAAUUCUCAAGUAAUGGAAACAGGCUGUGUCUGGGGCUGAACAUGGAUGAUGUGAGUUGAGCGAUCGCAGAGACGUGGCCCACGGGUCUGGAAGACGGAUCAACCCCUGCCAAGACGCUGCCUCUAGUGCUAUCAUCGCUGCCUGAUGUCAUGCUGGCUAAACCCGAAUUUACUCGCUCUGCC